GGGUCACCAAAUAUUGCCAAAUGUUUUUCUUAGUUUUAGCUCAAAACCAAUUGUUUUAUCAUAAUCUUUAAGAAAAUUAAAAAUUAAAAGGGAAUCUUGGCAUCUGAUCGGAGGCCCAUUGAAGAUCACAUACCCUAACAAAUGCAUCUGCUUCUUUAACCUUCAUUACCCUUUGCCACCUUACAAUACAGCACCCGAAAGAAAAUUAAAAAGUACUUCCUAACCUAAUAAUUCUCUGAAAUUAUUGUUUGGAAACUAUGUUUCCUUUACAACAAGGCAAUGAGUUGUGCUUCAAGAUUUCCUCGAAUCCUCAUCAACAACAACACACAUUAAUCCCACAAGAUCUGAUUCUGGAUCAUCCUGAACUACUUCAUGCCUGCACUGAUGUAACACAUAACGUGGGAAAAAGUCGGCGGCAAAAAUUGAUGUCUGCGGACAACAACAAUAAAAAUGAUCAUGGGAUUAACACUCCUAGUCUUAUUACUAAUGAUAAGAAGAAAAUGAUGCAUAGAGAUAUUGAAAGACAAAGAAGGCAAGAAAUGGCUACCCUUCAUGCUUCUCUUCGAUCUUUACUGCCUCUUGAAUAUAUUAAGGGAAAGCGUUCUAUAUCUGAUCACAUGAACGAGGCUGUGAAUUAUAUAAAGCAUUUAAGGAAGAGGAUUGAAGAACUGGAUACUAAAAGGGAUGAGUUAAAGCAGCAGAUGAAUAUAAGAGAUAUUCCCUCGGGAAGUAGUGGUGGAAGUUCAGGUGAUUGUUCCCCAAGUAGUGGAGUUUUGAUCCGGCCUUGUUUGGGUGGCAUUGAGAUUAGUUUCAGUAGUAAUUUAAGGGAGAAAGGCCAAGGUUUCACCCUAUCACGAGUACUACAAGUACUGCUUGAAGCAGAAAUAUCAGUAGUUAACUGUGUUUCCACCAAUGUAAACAAAAGGGUCUUGCAUACCAUCCAGACUGAGACUGUCAAUGCCGCAGUUUGGCAUCCCAAGUAAACUAUCUCUUGAAUGGAUGGGUUAGUUUGUAAAGAAGCGUGCCACCAACCGCCAGAAAGAGGUAUUUUCCAAGGUUUAUGCGCUGUAUUUAAGACCUUUCAGCUAUGGGGUGUGUCUGUUUGUGUAUCAUUGAGUUUGUUAGCUCUGAAAUAUCCUUUAGAAAGGCAGAAAAUCCUUUAGGAUUUGAUGCCAGCUUCGCAAAUCUCUAUCUUAUAUGCUAUUCAAUAUUCCUUUGCUUAUGGCUAAUAACACUGAUAAGGUGAUGGGGUCCUCGUGCUAGCUGCAUGCAAGCCCCAGGCCUAUUUUGUGCAUUAUCGAUACUUGCAUAUAUGCUGGUGUUGAUCGUGUUAUAUGUACAGAUGAUUGGCUUUUGGUUUUCAUGUUUUAAAAUAUUUUUCAAACAUAUUUUGCAGGUGAAAAGCUGAUAAUUUAUUUAUUUAUUUAUUUUAAUAAUUAGUAUUGGUGUCCAUGAAUGUCUUGGUCACCCAUAAUCAGAAAGAUUAGUUCCUUAUUUGGUUGCAUCUGUUAUUUUAUCCCCUCAUUGUGCGUCUGGAAGUGUAAACAUGUGCAGGUUUGUCGUUGAUGCAAAGGUCCAUAAAGCUAUUUGCAAUUUUGAGCAUAUGUAGAUAGAAGCUGCGUAUUCCAAAUUUUUGCUUAUAAUUAAGAAGAUUUAGAUUGGUAGGAACAUGCUUGAAUAUUUAUUUUGUUGUACUGACGAAAUAAAUAUAAUGUUUUUUGCUAGUUUAUCUUAUGAGUCUCUUUUAAUAGAUA